GGCGCGCGGCCAGCUGUGAGGGGAGCCCGGACCGAAUCAGCCUGGAGAGUACUUAAGGGGCGAAGAACCUCUGCUUCACACCCCAUCCUCUGAAAUAGGUUGGAAACUCGAAAGUCAGCCUACAGUGUUCGUGGCUCUCUAUCACAGUAAGUCCUUUCACUGAGAUCAUUCUUCCCAUCCUCCCAUGGUCUGCAUCAUGUGGCACCCACUUGCCGCCUGCUGUCUUUUGUCCACCUUGCUGAGCAUGUGGAUGUUGUGCAAUGCUCAGUCAGACUCUGGCAGCCCUGUAAUCCAGCUACGUCUAGCAGGGGAGAAGAGAAAACAUUACGAGGGCCGGGUGGAAGUCCUCUACAACGGAGAAUGGGGGACAGUGUGCGAUGAUGACUUCUCCAUCUAUGCAGCCCAAGUAGUCUGCAGAGAACUUGGCUUCAUGGAUGCAGAGUCCUGGUCUCCCUCUGCCAAGUUUGGAAAAGGGGAAGGUCGUAUCUGGCUAGACAAUGUGCACUGCACAGGUGGAGAGAAGAGCCUGGCUCAGUGUGAAUCCAACGGCUUUGGAGUAUCUGACUGCAAACAUUCAGAAGAUGUCGGGGUAGUGUGCACCCAGAAGCGAAUUCCAGGCUACAAGUUCAUCCGGAACCAGGCCAAUAGCGAUGAAGCUUUGCAGGUGCAGGUGGAAGAUGUGAGGAUCAGAGCCACUUACUCUCACAGAAAAAGGAUUCCUAUAACUGAGGGCUUUGUGGAGGUGAAAGAUGGAGGCAAAUGGAGACAGAUCUGUAGUGAGGAGUGGACGGAGAUGAACAGCAGGGUCAUCUGUGGCAUGUAUGGUUUCCCCGGGGAGAAACGCUUCAAUAUUCGACCCUAUAAGCUACUCGCAAAGCGACGCAAGAAGAACUACUGGGGUUCCUCUGUCAACUGCACAGGCAAUGAAGCUGACCUGUCUGAUUGCAAACUGGGCCGGGAGAUAGAGCUGAAGGGAAACGGCACAUGUGGGAAGGGAAUGCCUGUAGUUGUCAGCUGUGUUCCCGGACGGGCUUUUGCUCCCAGCACCAGCACCGGUUUCAGCAAGGCCUACAGGGUGGAGCAACCUUUGGUACGUCUAAGAGGUGGAGCCAUGAUAGGCGAGGGGCGAGUGGAGGUGCUGAAGAACGGCGAGUGGGGAACAGUUUGUGACGACAACUGGAACAUCCGAGCAGCUACGGUUGUGUGUCGAGAGCUGGGGUUCGGCAGCGCUAAAGAUGCCCUGACCGGUGGCAGAAUGGGGCAAGGGAUUGGGCCAGUGCACAUGAAUGAGGUGGAUUGCUCUGGCUUUGAAAAGUCCCUGACUGAAUGCUUUUUUAACCGGGAGUCUGUGGGCUGCAGCCACGAGGAAGACGCUGCUGUCAGGUGUAACGUUCCUGCCAUGGGCUUCAACAGCAGGCUUCGGUUAAACGGUGGCCGAAACCCUUAUGAAGGCCGCGUGGAGGUGAUGGCGGAGAGGAACGGCUCUCUGGUGUGGGGCACGGUGUGCAGCGAUAGCUGGGGAACCAUGGAGGCCAUGGUGGUGUGCAGACAGCUGGGCUUGGGCUUUGCCAGCCAUGCUUUCCAGGAGACAUGGUACUGGCAGGGAGAUUCAUCAGCCGAUGCUGUGGUGAUGAGUGGGGUGAGAUGUUCAGGAACCGAGCUGACUCUGGAUCAGUGUCUGCAUCAUGGAAAACAUGUUACCUGUCCAAAAGGAGGUGGCCGCUUUGCAGCUGGGGUGUCCUGCACUCAGACGGCCCCAGACCUCGUCUUGAGUGCUCAGGUUGUGGAGCAGACCACCUACCUGGAGGACAGGCCCAUGUAUGCGCUGCAGUGUGCUCAUGAAGAGCACUGUCUGUCCAGCAGCGCUGAGAAAGCGGACUCUUCUUCCUACCGCCGCCUCCUCCGCUUCUCCUCCCAGAUCCAUAACAACGGGCUGUCAGACUUCAGACCACGGGCAGCUCAUCACUCCUGGAUCUGGCAUGAAUGUCACAGGCAUUAUCACAGUAUGGAAGUGUUCACCCACUACGACCUGAUGAGCCUGAACGGCACCAAAGUGGCAGAGGGACACAAAGCCAGCUUCUGUCUGGAGGACACCAGUUGUGAUGAAGGUAUACAGAAGAGGUACGAGUGUGCAAACUUUGGGUCGCAGGGCAUCACAGUUGGCUGCUGGGAUACUUACAGGCAUGACAUCGACUGUCAGUGGAUCGACAUCACAGACCUGAAGCCCGGAGACUACAUCUUCCAGGUUGUGAUAAAUCCAAACUAUGAGGUUGCAGAAUCAGAUUACAGCAACAACAUUAUGAAGUGUCGCUCCCGGUAUGACGGACAUCGGAUAUGGAUGUAUAACUGCCACAUAGGUGGCACACGGAGUACAGACGUGGAGGACACAUUUCCUGGAUUGCUCAACAACCAGCUCUCAUCCAGGUAGACCAAAGAUGGACCGAACCUACAGACGGCAUCAGGGAGGAGUAACAUAUCCAACAACCACUAGAGGGGGCUGUGGGAUUCUUCUUUAGUUUGCUUUAUUGGUGCUGGAUCGGUGAAACACCACGUGAAGAAAAGAAACCGUUUUUUGCUCAUAAACGUCAUUUACCACAUUCAGUUGUAAAAAGAAAAAAACAUUACUUGAGAGGCUCUAAAGUAGGUUUAAUCUGUUGAAAUGAGAUGAGGAUUAUAACUAAAUACCAGACAGGACUUGUUUAACAACAGAAAUGUUUAGAGUGGAGAGUC